UUUACAGGGUGUGAGAGAAUGUGUUGUGGACGUAUGAAUUCUGAACAAAGGGAAUCAAAAGUGAAACUUUAUUGUCUUUCUUCACCUGUUGAGCACCGAGGAUCAAGACAGUGAGGUUUUCAAAGACAGAAAAACAUUUAAAUAAUAGUAAAGGUGUACCAGAACUUUAAUACAGAUAUGACAUCAGUCCUGUCCGAGCAGCUCCAGUGCCCAGUGUGUUUGUGCGUUUUCACCGACCCGGUGAGUCUACCGUGCGACCACACCUUCUGCCGCCCAUGCAUCAGCGCUCACCUGUUGCGGAGCUCAGCGACGAGCCAGAGCCGCUGCCCAGAGUGCCGCGGCCCUUUCAGCCAGAAGGAUCUCCGGGCUCACCGUGUCUUGACCAAUAUGGCAGAUGCGGCUCGAGAGGAGGAGAGCGGCCUCGCAGCGAGGGAACCAGAGGCACCGCAGGGACACACUGUAGCCUCAGAGCUGGUGUGUCCAGAGCAUGACGAGAAGUUCAAGUUGUUCUGUGAGACAGACCAGAGGUUGGUGUGUGUGAUCUGCAGAGAUGGAGAAAAGCACCGGGGACACAUGUUCACACCUGUGAAAGAGGCAGCAAAGAUCAGUAAGAACGUUCUGAGGGGAGCUCUGGGGUUCCUGGUGAAAGAGAACCGUGAAAUAGAAGGACUGAACCAACAGCAGGCCUCUGAGAUCAUCAAGACCAAGGAGAAGUCUAAAAGCCUGUCGGCUCACAUCUCCUCCUGCUUUGAGGAGCUGCACCAGUUCCUGAGGAGGAGGGAGGAGGAGUUGAAGGAGGAGCAGGAGAGGGAAGAGAAGAAAACUGUGGCGGCCAUGUUGAAGAAUGAUUGUGUGAUAGAGAACAGGCUGAUGAUUGGGAGGGAGAUGGAAGUGACUCUGCAGUCUGCUCUGGAGAUACCCGAGUCUGACCACUUUCUAGAGUGGUGGAGUGAAAGAGGCCUUCCUGUUAUUGAGGGGAUGAAGAUGAAGGACACAGCCAAACCUAAUUACAGGUCAAGGGUUAGAGGUCUGUCUGUGACCCCUGACUCUCUCAAUCUCGGCCUCUACGAGACUCACCUGCCCUUCUGCAUGUGGAAGGAGAUGCUAAAGGUCGUCAAACCAGUUCCUGUGCGCCUCACCCUUAGCAGCAGUGAUGAUCCCUAUUUAAAGGUAUCAGCGGGUGGGGCCAGUGUCAGGCACGCAGACCGGAAGGGCGGCUUCGGCUUCAAGUACUACCGUGACUACGCCGCCGCCACCACCACCGUCGUCUCCACGGAAACCGUCCAAACAGGGCAGCACUACUGGGAAGUGGAGGUGGGGGGGAAGCUGGACUGGGGGGUGGGGCUGAAGGUGAAGGAAGAUUCCGGCAAAGAGUCUGUCCUGUCUCCAGAGAGGGAGAUAAUGUUGCACCUGAAGCCUGAGAAGGGCCUGGUGUUCAGCCAUGAUGGUGUGGAGACGCCCCUGAUGGCUGCUGGUGGUGACCCAGGUACUCAGGCUGAGGCCCAGGUCGGGCCUCGUAGGGUGGGGCUGUACCUAGACUGUGACAGGGAGAGGGUGUCCUUCUAUGAUGCAGACAGCAUGGUUCUCCUCCACUCCUCAUGGUGCAGCUUCAUCUCCCCGUGUUCCUUAUGCCUCUGCCCCGGGCCGUACAUGGAGGGCCGCAACACUAACCCACUGACUGUCUGUUGGUACUGACCCAGCGGACAAACUGGUUGCAAUGACGUCAUUAUGAUAUAUUUUCUGACGUCAUGGUCAGGUUUUGUUCACGUCUUUUUAGUAACCAGAAAAGGAUGUAUAAAAUAGUACUUAUUUUCCAUGAUGUCUUCUUGGUAGACCAGUUGGUAGUUAUAUAGUAUAGUUAUGUGACAUGUUCUAAACCAAAAAAUAAAUAAAAAAGUUGUAAUUUGGAAAGAAGUCACAUGCCAAAUUUUGCUUGCUGGGGACCUGGCCAUGGUGUCCACUACCGUUCUUGAUUAUGUUGAGAAUUUCAGGAACUACUUACUAGCUAGAUUUAUCAAAUUAUCAAUUUUGAGUUCAUCCUUUUCUAAAAUCUUUUUUUAAAUGUUUUAUUGUUGACGUUAGGGGCAUAUUCUGUUAAUAACUGCUUUGUGGUGUCUUUUUUAAGUAAUCUUACCAUGUAUUUGUUGGUGAAGGCAGGGUUAUGCUUUGUGGACAAACAGCGCCGGCGCUAUGGGUUGGCAAAGUCGGGCAUGGCCCCCACAGAUAGACUUUGUGUCCCCCAAGUUUUGUUUCCCCAUAAAAAUAAAUAUAUAAAUCUGUUCCUGUGCCCUUGAGCAAGGUAACUUUACUUAACUCUAAUUGCUCCAGGGGUGCUGUACAAUGGCGACACUGGCCGUGACCCCACUCCCUGCGGGUGUCUCAGGGGGUGUUGGGAUUUGCAAAAAAACACAUUUUCAAUAAACGCUUGUGUGUAACAAGAUAAAUAUAAGCAACCCCAAAUUAUUAUUAAUUACCAUGCCCGGCUUUGCCAAUGUAGCGCUUCCAGGCCUGCCAGUAGUGCACAAUCUCACAAUCUGAGGAGGGGGCGGAAGGGGGGGAUGUAAUAAUGUAAUAUUUAGUAGUUAAAAUAAAAAAAUACAUUCUGACUUGGCACUGGUACCGCCUUCAUUACCUUGUUUUUGACCGUUUUUUUUCUCACAGGGGGAAAACAGUCACUUUUACAGACAGCUAGCUACAGAUUCUAUGCUAGCUAGUAACCAGCUUCGUUAAGUUUUGGUAGCGCUUAAUAAUUACAGCUAGUUAAUGGCUAUGCUAAGAAAAAAGCCAAGAAAAUAAAAACUGAGGACCACCAAACCUCGAGCGAUGCCGAGCUCACCAAGCAUUCUGCUAGCCAGACCACGAGGAGCCGAGCAGCAAUACCCGUCCAUCCCCCACACCACCCGCCCAUCCCCCACACCACCUGCUGAUCAUAAAGAGCCUGGGCCUAGCACCUGCAGCACAAGGGUACCACCACAACAAGCACCUGUUUGUCUUGACACUUACCCGAGCCGCAUGUUCAGUGGGAAAAAGCAGGCCUUUUGUAGUUAGCGCCUGGUUCAAUCACAGACAGUGGUUUGAAUGCUAGACUAGAGAGUGACUUAAAUGCUAAUUCGGACAGAGCUUUCACUCAAACUGGCUACUCAAUAUGGAAACAUGCCAGUGGCAUCACUAAAGGACUGGGGAAGCAUGCCUCUUGUAAAGAGCAUUUGAAAAGCAUGAUUUUAUGGAAGAUCAAACAAACACUAAGCACAAGAAAUGUCCACUGUUAUGAAUACAGAGCAGCUAGGAAGAGUGUGGACACUGGAGUUUCUUGAGGUGAUUGAGCUUCCUUUGUGAGGGAGUUUGGAUGCGAUUGACUCGAUGGCAUCUCUUCUAAAUGGGACCAGCAGGAGAGAGCAGACUCACCUGUUCCCAGCUGUGUGUCCAUGAAGAGUGACCAGUCAAUAGUAAUUCCAUUAAACUUCAGUGAGGGAGUCUUUCCUACUGAACAGAGGAGGGAUCAGAGACUGAGACUAACAGUCAUCAAACAGACCAGGCAUCCAUAGCCAAGUUGUUUGAAGACAAGUCCCUCUCAUAUCUAAAGUCUCAUCUGAAGAAGUAUAGAAUAAUUCUGUGUCCAGAUUACCCAGGGUCAGGGGGAGGAUGAGGAAGUGAUGGAUGCUGAAGAUCAGGAGCAGAAGAGCAAAGCCAGCAAGGGGGCUCUGAAGAUCACAAUUCAUGUCCUGAAGAGGACAAGGAUACCUGAACAAGACAAGGAUAUCUGAACUAUGCUAACAAAGGGAAUCACUGGCAUUGGAAAAACAGUGUCUGUGCAGGACUUUAUUCUUGCCUGGGUGGAAGAAAAGGCAAACCAGGAUGUCCAGCUCAUUUUUUACUCCCUUUUCAGGAGCUGAAUUUGAUGGAGGAAAAGAGUUAGAUGGAACUUCAUCACUUUUUUUAUUGAGAUCAAAAAUCUGGAAUCUCAGACCUCAAGAAGUGCAAUGUUGUGUUUGUCCUUGAUGGUUUGGAUGAAUUGUCCUUGAUGGUUUGGAUGAAUUGUCCUUGAUGGUUUGGAUGAAUUGUCCUUGAUGGUUUGGAUGAAUUGUCCUUGAUGGUUUGGAUGAAUUGUCCUUGAUGGUUUGGAUGAAUUGUCCUUGAUGGUUUGGAUGAAUUGUCCUUGAUGGUUUGGAUGAAUUGUCCUUGAUGGUUUGGAUGAAUUGUCCUUGAUGGUUUGGAUGAAUGCCGUCUUCCUCUAGAUUUUGAGAGCAAGACCUGGUAUGAUGUCACAAAGCCAACCUCAGUGGAUGUGCUGUCUUACAAACCUCAUCCAGGGAAAUCUGCUUCCCUUUUGCUCGCAUCUGGAUUACCUCCCAACCUGCACCAGCCAAUCGCAUUCCUCCAGAGUGUGUUGACCAGGUAACAGAGGUGCGAGGGGUCAAUGACUCACAGAAGGAUGAGUACUUCAUCAAGAGAAUGACUGAUCCAAACAAGGCCAGAAGAAUCCUCACACACAUGAAGUCAUCAAGAACCCUCUACAUCAUGUGCCACAUUCCAGUAUGCUGUUGGAUUUCAUCCUCUGUUCUGAAGAAUCUUUUAGUUGAAGCAGAGAGUGGGAAGAUGCCCAAAACACUGACUCAAAUGUGCACACACUUCCUGAUGUUUCAGACCACACAGAUGAAUCUGAAGUAUGCUAUAGAACAAGAGAUGGAAUCACCAUUAAAUCAAAAGAUAAUUCUGGGAUUCGGGAAGCUAGCCUUUCAACAGCUGGAAAAGGGCAACCUGAUCUUCUAAGAGGAAGACCUGAGAGAGUAGGGCAUCGAUGUUGGAGAAGCGUCAGUGUACUUCAGAAUGUGUGCACAGAUCUUCAGAGAGGAGUGUGGGCUGUACCAGAGAAAGGUGUACUGCUUUGUGCCUCUGAGCAUCCAGGAGUUUCUGACUGCUCUGUGUCUUUCUCAUGUUCAACAACAACAAUGUAAAUCUGAUGGCAGGAAACCACGCCCAAUGACCAUCUGACGUCCAAUGAAUUUUCUGCAACCAUCCUCCAUAAGAGUGCAGUAGAUAAGGCUCUGAAGAGUGAGAAUGGACACCUGGACCUCUUCCUCAGCUUCCUUCUCAGCCUCUCUCUGGAGUCCAAUCAGACUCUGUUAAGAGGUCUACCAACACAGACAAGAAGGAGCUCACAGAGCCAUAAGGAAACAGUAGAAUACACCAAGGAGAAUCCCUUUCCAGAGAAGUGCAUCAGUCUGUUCCACUGUCUGAAUGAGCUGAAUGACCAUUCUCUAGUGGUAAAGGCACCUGGGAUCGGGAAUUCUCUCUAAGGCCAAACGUUCACCUGCAGAGUGGUCAGCUCUGGUCUUUGUGUUGCUGACCUCAGAAGAGAUGCUGGAUAUUUUCGACCUGAGAAAAUACUCUGGUUCAGCGGCGGGUCUGCUGAGGCUGCUGCCAGUGGUCAAAGCCUCCAGAGUAGUGCUACUGACGGGUUGCAACCUGACAGAAAAAUGCUGUGAAGCACUGGCCUCUUCUCUCAGCUCCUCUCAACUGAGAACGCUGAACCUGAAUGAUAAUGAUCUGCAGGAUUCAGGAGAGAAGCUGCUCUCUGCUGGACUGAGGAGUCCACAAUGUAAACUGGAAGUUCUUACUUUGUUAUUAUGUGGAAUCACAGAGGAAGGCUGUGCUUCCUUGACCUCAGCUCCGAGGUCAAACCCCUCACACCUGAGAGCUGAAUCUGGACUACAGUCACAUAGGAGACUCAGGAGUGAUGAUUCUCUCUGCUGCACUGGAGCAUCCAGACUGUAAUGUAAAACUCAGUGUGAACAAUAAUGCAGACAGAGCACUGGUUAAAAUCUGCCCUGAAGAAAUAUGCCUAUGAGCUGACACUGUACCCAAACACAGCCCACAGACACCUCUCCGUCUGAGGGGAACAGAACCGAGACAGGAGACAGAGGAGAACCCGUAUCCUGAUCCCCCAGACAGAUUUCAACGCUGGCCACAGGUUUUGUGUAGACAGAGGAGAACCCGUAUCCUGAUCACCCAGACAGAUUUCAACGCUGGCCACAGGUUUUGUGUGGACAGAGGAGAACCCGUAUCCUGAUCCCCCUGGCCACAGGUUUUGUGUAGACAGAGGAGAACCCGUAUCCUGAUCACCCAGACAGAUUUCAACGCUGGCCACAGGUUUUGUGUAGACAGAGGAGAACCCGUAUCCUGAUCACCCAGACGGAUUUCAACGCUGGCCACAGGUUUUGUGUAGACAGAGGAGAACCCGUAUCCUGAUCACCCAGACGGAUUUCAACGCUGGCCACAGGUUUUGUGUAGACAGAGGAGAACCCGUAUCCUGAUCACCCAGACGGAUUUCAACGCUGGCCACAGGUUUUGUGUAGACAGAGGAGAACCCGUAUCCUGAUCACCCAGACGGAUUUCAACGCUGGCCACAGGUUUUGUGUAGACAGAGGAGAACCCGUAUCCUGAUCACCCAGACGGAUUUCAACGCUGGCCACAGGUUCUGUGUAGACAGAGGAGAACCCGUAUCCUGAUCACCCAGACAGAUUUCAACGCUGGCCACAGGUUUUGUGUAGACAGAGGAGAACCCGUAUCCAGAUUAGUGUUGCUGUUAUCCAAUACAUGUAUGAUAUAGGCUACUGCACAUUACGCACGACACACAUAAAAGCCCAUAGACGUAGCUAGCUAUAUGCUCUCUUAAGUAAAUAAAUGAAACUAGUGUGAACUGUAUUACUAUACUGUAUUAUAUGGACUGGAAUUACGCAUAUUGUUCAAACCACGAUAAAGCAGAAGAGAACAUGUGAUUCGUGUGCAGCAUAAAUGUUGAAAUAUAAUGGGGCCUAUUUGUAUAAUUAGUAGGCUGACGCAUAUAUACCUUUCAUAAUAUUUCCCCAAAUGUUAUUAGCCUACUUUCUCUUUAUUGUUGCUUCAUUCCUUCCUCGCUUUCAACAGUUCAAUUAAAUACUUUUCGUUGUCCUCAUCUUCAUCAUUCUAAUGACAUCCUUGAAUAAUAUAGGACUAGAAUUAGAUGCAGAAUGCUUUCACUUCUCUUCACGAAGAUUAAAUGGUAAUGACUGAAUAAAUAACUGAUAUAGCCUACCGCUAUCGCGCCCAUUUGCUCUUCUUUCAAACUACCCGUGAGUUCUAUUGGCUGCUGUAUUUAGCAAUCAUAAACAUAUAAUGCCCAGCAAGGUAUUCUAGUCUAGUUUUUCCUGCAUGGGAUUGGAAGAGCUAAGGAGCGUUUUUUAAGGAGAGGCCAGCGGAGCACAGGUGUGUGUGUGUGUAUUGCGCAAGAGACAUGGGCUGUACUGUAAAUUAGACUCUUACUAUGCAAUACUCAUUAUUAAUUGGCUAAAUAUAAGGCUAUUACUGCAUUGAACGUAUUACCUGAAAGAGGUAGGCUAGGAUAUAUAUAUAUAUAUAUAUCAAUCUAGAACAAGAUGCUAUAUUGGAUGCAAUUUGAAUGGAGUUGAGCGAGAGAACAAGACUGUGAGGGAGUGCUUGCGCGUGCACUGAUAUAAUGAAAUGAUAUUUGAGUGAUAGGCUGUUUUAAAACUCUGCAGCUGCAAUAAAAAAAGUAUAAUCUUUCCAAUGAAAAAACAAGGUGACCCCUGAAAGCCAGAUGGAGAUGGGUGUAUUAGACGGGCAUUCGCUCUUUAUAUUACUGUAGCAUAGGCUAUGCUGCAACAAAUGUAGGCCUACCUGUCACAAGACAAAACGCUACCAUGAUGAAAGGAUAGUUCUACAUGCAUUGUGAACAGCGCUCCAUUCUGAGAUAGGAUGUCUGUCCCCAACUUGAGUGUUGAUUCAUCAUACAGACGCUGUAGAGAAGACCGAUUUAGACAUUGCAUAUAAUUUAACAGUUCCAUUUCACGCAAUGCUGUUCAUAUAAAUAAUUUAUUAUAAUUUACUGGUUUCUCACAGUUAUUUAUCCAGGGAAAGGGGAGUGGUUUUAUCCCGGGAAAGGGGAGCGGUCAGGUAGGCUGUUUGGAGUGUCCUCUGGUAUAUUUACCCACCUGUGGACUUUAAAUAACAGAUUCACUGAGCCCCUCUACCCAGGGCUCUGGGUUGCUGUGGACUUUAAAUAACAGAUUCACUGAGCCCCUCUACCCAGGGCUCUGGGUUGCUGUGGACUUUAAAUAACAGAUUCACUGAGCCCCUCUACCCAGGGCUCUGGGUUGCUGUGGACUUUAAAUAACAGAUUCACUGAGCCCCUCUACCCAGGGCUCUGGGUUGCUGUGGACUCCAUACUAGUGUCCUGAAACCUGGAAAAACACAGCAGUCCUCAAGGGAUCUGUGAACAUUUGAAAUGUUUUAAAAACAUUGCAACACCAAUUCAUGUCAUCUCCUCAAUUCAUCUGAUUACAUUCAGAAAUCAUGUGAUACUAGUGAUGCAUCAUAUGGCAGGUAUAAGAAAGAUGGCUUUUCUCACAGCUCCCCAAAAAAGUUAUCCAACAUUGUUAUCCAAUAUAUCACAGUUCAGUUUCCUCUCUUAACUCUCAGCUCAAAAGUGUGCAUGCAGAAUCUAACAGCUAUAUAAUCACUCUGUCCAUCCUUCUCUUCUCCCCGCUGGCACAGAGAAGAGCUCCCUGUCUGUCCUCACUAGGCUGAUACCGCUCCAGUUUGUCAGAGAUGCCCUGCUACAGCCCAAGAGAGCGACCUCAGGCCCACAGACCUGUCAGAGCCUGAAGGAUAUACAACACUUUUCCAUUCUUUAUUGUUGUAUUCAUUACGUUACUCUGAGGACUAUGUCCUGUCAUGUGAAUGAAAGAAAAUUACACCUGAAUCUGUGGGGAAGUUUUGUAAUCCAUACAUUUGUAACAGUGUAAAUAAUCUAUAAAAGUAUGAUAUUUGAUUGUAGCAUGCCUUGAUUUUAUAGCCAUUAAUUAUGAGUGAUUUACACAGAUGUACACAAUAGACAAGUACAGGUUUGAUGGUGUUUGUAGCAUGCUGUACUACAGUACUUAUCUUAGUAAAGCCACUCCUGAAGCUAACACUAAAUAUAUGAAUUCAGAUUUGUACCAUAUUUCUAAAGUGUGUUGUCUCUUCCUCUGCCAUCACUAAAAGGUGUAGAAUGAUGUAAUGCAGUACCAGUGAUGUUCUGUACACUGUAUCUGGUUUUAUCUUACUAAAUAACUUCCUGAAGCUAA